AAAAAGCAAAAGCAGCAAAAGCCAAAGAGAAAAGAAAUCAAUUAUCUCAAUGGCACCAAGCAAAAUUAGAAGAGCAUUAGGAGCUGUGAAAGACAAGACAAGCAUAGGUUUGGCCAAAGUUGGAAGCAGCACUUCCUUGUCGGAUUUGGAAGUAGCCAUUGUUAAAGCUACAAGACAUGAAGAAUAUCCAGCUGAAGAACGGCAUGUGCGCGAGAUUCUUAGUCUCACGUGCUAUUCACGUGCGUAUAUAAGCGCGUGUGUUAACACGCUCUCAAGGAGAUUGAACAAGACAAAGAAUUGGACAGUAGCACUUAAAACUUUAAUGUUAAUACAACGUUUGGUGUCGGAAGGGGAUCCAGCUUAUGAACAAGAGAUAUUUUUUUCUACAAGACGUGGGACAAGAUUCUUAAAUAUGUCUGAUUUUAGAGAUACUUCUCAAUCAAAUUCAUGGGAUUAUUCUGCUUUUGUUCGUACUUUUGCUUUGUAUCUUGAUGAAAGGCUUGAGUUUAGGAUGCAAAGUAGAAGGGGAAAAAGGAGUGCAUUUGGAUUGGAUGAUGAAGAAGGCCAACAACAACAAAUUAAUAAUAAUAAUAAUAAUAAUAAUGAUAAUAAGAACGACGAUGACAAUAAUGAUGAGGAUGACAAUAGCAAAGCCAUUGUCGUAAGAGCCACACCCAUACGAGAUAUGACGUCUGAACAAAUAUUCUCGAGGACACAACAUUUGCAACAGCUUCUUGAACGCUUUUUGGCUUGUCGUCCUACAGGUGCAGCGAAGAACAACAGGGUGGUAUUAGUAGCUUUAUACCCAAUCGUAAGGGAAAGUUUCCAAAUAUAUUAUGACAUAACAGAAAUUAUGGGGAUCUUAAUUGAUCGUUUCAUGGAAUUAAACGUUCAUGAUUGUGUCAAAGUUUAUGAGAUUUUCUGUCGAGUUGGGAAGCAAUUUGAUGAACUAGAAUUGUUCUAUUCUUGGUGUAGAACAAUUGGAAUUGCUCGUUCUUCUGAAUAUCCUGAUGUUGAAAAAAUUACUCCUAAAAAACUUGAAGUAAUGGAUGAAUUCAUCAAAGACAAAUCUGCCUUAGCUCAAUGCCAAACGGGCAGAGGAAAAAAUCAACUUCAAAUAGAAAUAACAGAGGAAGUAAAAAAAGAAGAAGAAAUAGAUAUGAAUUCAAUUAAAGCACUUCCACCACCUGAGGAUUUCAAAGAGGAAGACAUUACAGCCAUAGAAGUGAAAGAAGAAGAGAAUGAAAUUAAAGAAGAUGUAAUUAAGAAGGAUGAAAAUCCUUUAAUUGGUGAUUUGUUAAACCUUGGUGAAGAACAUGCAAUGAUAAGAGAAGAAAAUGCUGAUAAAUUAGCAUUAGCAUUAUUUGAUGGAAUUGGUCCAGUUACUGAUUCUUCUUCAGUAAAAACAUUACCAUGGCAAGCAUUUAAUGAUGAUUCACAAGAUUGGGAAACAACUUUAGUUCAAUCAGCAAGUAAUUUAUCAAAUCAAAGAGCUGAUCUUGGUGGAGGAUUUGAUAUGCUUCUUUUGGAUGGAAUGUAUAAACAAACAACAAUGAUGUCAACAAUGGCUGGGUCAGGUUAUGGAGUAAGUGGUAGUGCAAGUAGUAUGGCACUUGGGUCUGCAGGGAGACCAGCAAUGCUCGCUUUGCCAGCCCCUCCGACGAUCACCGAAGGCGGUGGGGUGAGCUCGUCAUCGGUCGUGAGUGACCCAUUUGCUGCAUCGAUGGCGGUGGCACCUCCCCCGUACGUUCAGAUGUCGGAAAUGGAGAGGAAACAGAAGCUGUUGGUGGAGGAGCAACUCAUGUGGCAGCAAUAUGCAAGAGAUGGGAGACAGAUACAGCAUAACCCUUAUACAGGAGGUUUCACACACAGUUACUAGAG